AUGAUAAUGAAUAAUGAAAAUGAGGAAAUUUCAAAAGAUGAUUCAACUAUUUUAGAAAUCACUAAUCCUACUACGAAUUCAACAAUAAAUAUCAAAAUAUUAUAUCCAAUAUCAACGAAAUCCAUCUUAUCAGAAUAUAUCAAUAAAUCAAAAACCAGAAACAUUCACUACUUUUAUAAUAAUAAUAUGAAUUUAAAAACACCUCAUUUAAUAAAAUUUAAUGAUAAUGAUCAAAAUGGAGUAAUAUUCCCCGUGGUUAAUGAUUUUUACGGAUAUUUCAAUUUUGAAAACGAUGACGACCACGACGACGAAGAUAUAUGUGAAAGCAAUGAAUAUGAAUAUAUGAAUAUAUCAACACCUAGUGAAUUAAUUAAUAAAUGUGAGAAAUUAACACUUGGUGAAUCAAAAGUUGAAAUUGAUAAUUUUUCAAUGAAACCACCACCAUUACCACCACUACUACUAUCAUCACAUUCAAAUAUAAAUACCACGAAUACUAAUAUUGAAGAUAUUGAAGAAGUAAAAGAUCCUAUUGAAUUUUUAACAUUUAGAUAUUAUUCAACUUUAUAUUCAUUAAAAGAUCCAUUAAGUUAUUUUCCUAAAACUGCAUUACCUAGAUUUAAAAAUUUAUGUAUUGAAAAUAAAUCAACUAUUAUUAUGAUUGAUUUAUUGAAAAAUUUUUGUUUAAAUAUUAAUGAAUUUGAUAAUCGACAUAAUCAUAAAUAUGGAAUUUUAUCUAUUUCAAAAGGAUUAUCAAAAAUUGAAUUAAUUGAACAAGAUAAAUUUAAAUCAAGAAAUGGAUUUCUGAUUGAACAGGAAAAUAAUGAUGAGGAAGAGAUAAAGGGGAUAAGUUUAGAGAAAUUAUCUCAAUUAAUACUUGAUUUGAAAAUAAGAGAAGCUCAAUUACAAAUAAUUACCAUAUUUGAAAUAUUAUCAAUGCUUGAAAUAAAUGAAAAUGAAUUUCUUGAAAAGAAUAAGAAAAUACAAAAAAAAUUAGAGAAGAUAAAAGAAAAGAAAGCUAAACUGAGUUUAAUAGGGAAGAAUAGAAGAAAGAAGGAAAAGAAGGUUCAAAAAGAGGUGGAUGAUGGAGAAGAAUUAGGAGGUGAUGAAUAUUUGAUAUAUCAAUCAUUGAAUAAUCUUAUUGAUAGAUUAAAUUUAUGGGAUACUUUAUCAACAAGAGCAGAAGGUGCAGGUACAUAUGGAUUUAUGGCAUAUGUAUUAGUACCAUAUUUCAAUAAGAAACUACCUAAUUUAAUGAAACAUGUAAUUGAAAAUAUGAAAGGACUGAAUAUGAAAUUAAUAAGUUCAAAGAGAAAGAAACAUGAAAAUGAUGAUAAAAAUCAACAAGAUUCUAAAAAAUCAAAAUCAAAAUUUAGAAAAGUUUUAUUGGAUAAAAAACCACCAAGUUUAUCUAAAUCUGAUACUAUUGUUGAUUCAGAAGAUUUUAAACCAUUAACUUCAUUGAAAAGAUCACAAUCUAAUUUAUCUACGAAAAUGCUAUCAAAAAGAGAAGUUGAUUUAAAUAUUAAAACUAAACCAGAAUCACUUGAUUCAAAUUCAAAUUCAACUCAAUCAUUUAUAUUUAGAUCACAACUUAAAAGAUCAAAAUCAACCACAACUACAACUACAUCAACAAUGACAAUAUCAAAUAAACCUAAAUUUAGAAAAUCAUUAUCUCAAGUAGAAGCAACGCCAGCAAAAUCAAGAGUAAUUAAUAUUUCACAAUCACAAGUCCAAGCAACACCAGUAGUAAUAAUGAAAAAUUCAAAUUCAAUUCACAAUAAUACUAAUAAUUUCAAUUCAUUAUCUCAAAUUGAAGCUACUCCACAUACUUCGAUUCAUUCACCACCAAUUUCAACUCCAUUAAAUAAAUUUAUUAAACCUGAUAAAAAACAAAAUUCAAUUAAUGAAAAAUUACUCUCUGCUUCAAAAGAAAUAGAUCUUAUUCAAAAAACUCCAAUAAAGUCAACAACAUCAACAACAACAAAUAAUACAUUGACAAUGAUUGAAGCUACUCCUGGAUAUUUAAUUGAUUCAUCACCUUUGAAAAAUUUGGAUUCUAGUCAUCAAGGUAAACCAAAACCUGGUGAACCCAUACCUAUUGAAACUUCACCAUUAUUAAAUGUAUUAAGAGAUUCUGAAUCUUUAAUACAUAAAAUGAAACCAGUUAAUUUAUUUACUGAUCAUGAUCAUGAUUAUGAGUAUGAUUCUGAUGAAUUGUUAAAUCCAAACAAAAACAGAUCCAACAAAACAUAUUCCAAGAAAAGACAUUAA